AUGGAGCGCGUGCUGACCAGACGUUUUGCGCAACAGUCGGACGUAGAAGAUAACCAGCCCGAGGUCCAGGAGGAGGUUGAGGUUUCGGCCGAUGCCGCCUCCAAGGGCCAGAUGUCGGUUCUGGACGCCCUCAAGGGUGUUCUGCGCCUUUCCCUGAUCCACGACGGUCUUGCCCGCGGUCUGCGCGAGGCCUCCAAGGCCCUCGACCGCCGCCAGGCGCACAUGUGCGUCCUGAACGAGGCCUGCGAGGAGGAUGCCUACAAGAAGCUCGUCAUUGCCCUGUGCUCCGAGCACAAGAUCCCUCUGAUCAAGGUCCCUGACGGCAAGCAGCUCGGCGAGUGGGCUGGCCUGUGCGUUCUCGACCGCGAGGGCAAUGCCCGCAAGGUUGUCAACUGCUCUUGCGUCGUUGUCAAGGACUGGGGUGAGGAGUCGCAGGAGCGCUCCAUCCUGCUCAACUACUUCCAGACCGAGCAGUAA